GCAUGAGUAUAGGGAAGGAGGAAGGACACGCUUUCAAUCCUCUGCCUGUGGCUCAAUCCAAAUUUGUGGAUAAGGGGCCAGAUGCAGUGGCUUACACCUGUAAUCCCAGCAUUUUGGGAGGCCAAGGCUCCCAGCUGGUGGUGACUCAACGCCGCUUCCCCACCAUGGAGGCCUUCCUCUGCGAGGUGACAUCAGCUGUGCAGGCCCCACUGGCUGUGCGUGCCCUCUACACACCUUGUCAUGGCCACCCUGUCACCAACCUGGCAGACUUGAAGAACAGAGGGCAGUAUGUGGCUGCUGGAUUUGAACGAUUCCACAAGCUCCACUAUUUACCCCAUGGAGGGAAGGAUCCAGGUGGGAAGAGCUGCAGACUACAAGUUCCUCCUGUGACUCGCCACUUGUGUGAUAGGGCCGUUGGACGGCGGCUGCCUGCAGGUGCUCCCAGCUAUAUCCAUGUGUUCAGGAAUGGGGACCUGGUAAGUCCCCCAUUUAGUCUGAAGCUGUCCCAGGCUGCCAGCCAGGACUGGGAAACUGCAUUGAAGCUCCUGACGGAGAAGGUCAAGUUGCAGAGUGGGGCUGUGUGCAAACUCUGCACCCUAGAGGGGCUCCCACUGUCAGCAGGGCAGGAGCUGGUAACAGGCCAUUACUAUGUGGCUGUUGGAGAGGAUGAGUUCAAGGACCUUCCCUAUCUGGAGCUGCUGGUGCCCAGCCCCUCCCUGCCCAGGGGCUGCUGGCUUCCUCCAGGCUCGAGGUCUAGGCCCCACAGGCAGCAGGCCCAAGGCCACAGGGCCCAGGUAACCCAGCCCUCUCCAAAGGAACCAGACCGAAUUAAGCCAUCUGCUUUCUAUGCCAGACCCCAGCAGACCAUUCAGCCAAGAAGCAAGCUCCCCACACUCUCAUUCCCAUCAGGAGUUAUAGGAGUAUACGGAGCUCCCCACCCAAGGAAGGAGACAGCGGGGGCCCAGGAAGUAGCAGAUGAUGAAGACACCCAGACAGAGGAGCCCUUGGAUCAGACUGUCCAGGGGAAGGGAACUCUGAUGGCCACAAGGAAGCAGAACAGCUGCAGAGGAAAGGGCAGGAUGGGAAAAGGCCGUGUCCUCACCCACUCCGGGGAGAUGGGUUCUGGGAAGGAACUAACACAGGUGGCCUCAAACACUAAGCAGAACAGUUCUAAGCCAGGACCCACCUGUCGAUGCCAAGAUGAUGAAACUGAGGCUCAAGGAGGACAACUGACUCUUCCGAGAAUUUCUACAACUGCCGGGUCCAGGUCGGCUCAUGAACCCGCUGCAGGCCGGCGGAGGCCCGCUUCAGCAGCGGCUGCGUGCCACCCCACAGAGCGGCCACCAGCACCAGAGCCAGCACCUGCCCUGAAUGCAGACGAGGGGCGGAGACCCAUAAUCCGGAAGUGGCCUCGAAACCUUUUCCGGUCCUACUCACGUUGCGGCCUUCGUCGCGUCACCGCCGGGAUGAAGCCGAUCCUACUGCAGGGCCAUGAGCGGUCCAUUACGCAGAUUAAGUAUAACCGCGAAGGAGACCUCCUCUUUACUGUGGCCAAGGACCCUAUCGUCAAUGUAUGGUACUCUGUGAAUGGUGAGAGGCUGGGCACCUACAUGGGCCAUACCGGAGCUGUGUGGUGUGUGGACGCUGACUGGGACACCAAGCAUGUCCUCACUGGCUCAGCUGACAACAGCUGUCGUCUCUGGGACUGUGAAACAGGAAAGCAGCUGGCCCUUCUCAAGACCAAUUCGGCUGUCCGGACCUGCGGUUUUGACUUUGGGGGCAACAUCAUCAUGUUCUCCACGGACAAGCAGAUGGGCUACCAGUGCUUUGUGAGCUUUUUUGACCUGCGGGAUCCGAGCCAGAUUGACAACAAUGAGCCCUACAUGAAGAUCCCUUGCAAUGACUCUAAAAUCACCAGUGCGGUUUGGGGACCCCUGGGGGAGUGCAUCAUCGCUGGCCAUGAGAGUGGAGAGCUCAACCAGUAUAGUGCCAAGUCUGGAGAGGUGUUGGCGAAUGUUAAGGAGCACUCCCGGCAGAUCAACGACAUCCAGUUAUCCAGGGACAUGACCAUGUUUGUGACCGCAUCCAAGGACAACACAGCCAAGCUUUUUGACUCCACAACUCUUGAACAUCAGAAAACUUUCCGGACAGAACGUCCCGUCAACUCAGCUGCCCUCUCCCCCAACUAUGACCAUGUGGUCCUGGGCGGUGGUCAGGAAGCCAUGGAUGUAACCACAACCUCCACCAGGAUUGGCAAGUUUGAGGCCAGGUUCUUCCAUUUGGCCUUUGAAGAAGAGUUUGGAAGAGUCAAGGGUCACUUUGGACCUAUCAACAGUGUUGCCUUCCAUCCUGAUGGCAAGAGAGGAAGGUGCCAAAAGGGGAGGCGGGGUGCCCAAACAGCGCCAACAGUAGCCCUUCCCCAAACUCCAAUGACAGUGGGAACUGGCGGCCCAGCUGCCACAUGCAGUCCAGGAAGAGGAAAAAGCCAGCAGCAGCCGUCCAGCCGACUCAGCCAGUUGUCCAUGCUCUGCUCCGCGUCCCCACAGGCCUCCACCAGGCGCAUGAAGCUCUCCUGCAGGGGCCGCCCUCUGGGCGGUGGGAAUCUGGUCAUCUUUCCCAGCCCAAGCCCUUGCCAUGUACAGCCAGGGAGCAAGUGCUCAAGACCAAUGAGGGAGACACAGAAUCCUGUCAACAGCCUAUCUGAUAAAAGGGACACAGAGCCCUUUAGGGAGUCCAGUCUCACGGCACACACAACCCACAGAGGAGUCCCUAAUCUUUGA